UGAGGGCUAUUAUAAAAGGGGUCCCGAAUCUUUCUUGUACUCCUAUUUUUCUACAUUUAGAAAUAUCAAUCAACAAUGGAUUCCUCCAGUCAUAGGCAUCAUGCAGUAUGUAUUCCUUUCCCUGCUCAAGGUCAUAUCAAUCCCAUGCUAAAGCUAGCCAAAAUACUUCACCAGAAGGGCUUUUAUAUCACCUUUGUUAACACUGAGUUUAACCACAAACGUCUACUUAAAUCCCGAGGACCUGAUGCUCUUAAUGGUCUCCCUUCUUUUCGUUUCGAGACUAUUCCCGACGGCCUUCCGCCGACCGAUGUCGAUGCCACCCAAGACAUCCCUUCCCUCUGCGACUCCACUAGCAAGACUUGCUUACCCCACUUCAAACAACUCCUCCGCAAGCUAAACGAUUUCGCGUCCACAUCCAAAGUUCCCCAUGUUUCUUGCAUUGUUUCGGAUGGUGUCAUGAGCUUCACUCUUGAUGCAGCUGAAGAACUAGGCAUUCCUGAAGUUCUGUUUUGGACCACAAGCGCUUGUGGCUUCCUCGGUUACGUUCACUAUCGCCAAUUAAUGGAAAAGGGUUAUACACCUCUCAAAGAUGAAAGCUAUUUAACCAAUGGGUACUUGAAUACCGUCAUAGAUUGGAUACCGACAAUGGAAGGUAUCCGAUUGAGGGAUCUUCCUUCUUUUCUUAGAACAACUGAUCCGAAUUUUGUUAUGCUUGAUUUUAUUUUAUCUGAAACCGAAAGAGCUCGGAAGGCGUCAGCAAUUAUAUUGAACACGUUUGAUGAUUUGGAGCACGAAUCAUUGGACGCACUCAACUCAAUGCUACCCCCAGUUUACUCAGUGGGUCCUCUGCAUCUUGUUUUGAAUCACAAUGUGGAUAAUAGUGAGUUGAAACAAAUAGGAUCGAAUCUUUGGAAAGAAGAGCCAGAGUGCCUCCAAUGGUUAGACUCCAAAGAGCCCAACUCUGUUGUUUACGUGAAUUUCGGGAGCAUCACUGUGAUGACAGCUGAUCAGCUAAACGAAUUUGCUUGGGGGCUAGCGAAUAGUAAACAACCUUUUCUGUGGGUCAUUAGACCCGAUCUUGUCGGUGAUGAAUCGGCAGUUGUGCCAGCAGAGUUCGUAGCGGAGACCAAAGAUAGAGGCAUGUUGGCAACAUGGUGCCCGCAAGAACAAGUCCUGAACCACCCUUCGGUUGGAGGAUUCUUAACGCAUAGCGGAUGGAAUUCCACGAUUGAAAGCAUAUCCGGCGGCGUGCCCAUGACAUGUUGGCCGUUUUUCGCGGAGCAACAAACGAACUGUUGGUAUUCAUGUACUAAAUGGGGAAUCGGCGAGGAAAUCGACAAUAAUGUUAAAAGGGAUGAAGUAGAGAGCCUUGUCAGAGAGCUAAUCAAAGGAGAAAAGGGUAAAGAUAUGAAGAAGAAAGCUGUCGAGUGGGAGAGAAAAGCAAAGGCGGCGACUGUCAAUUCUGAUGGCUCGUCUUACAGGAAUCUCGACAAAAUUAUCCAACUUCUAUGCACACCUAGAGCUUAAAAUCAAAGCCUACUUUACUUGUUUGAUUCAAAAGAAAUAUAUCUUUUAAGUUAAAUUAUGGAGUAUAAAUUUAAAUAUUAAAGUA